AUGUUUGGCCGGGUCAAGCGGGAGCCCGGAGCGGCGCAUUACUUUCCCCAGUGGGUUUGCGCGGCCACCAAGCUCGAUUUUAACCAUAGUAGGAAAUGGUCUCAAACCGGGGAUUUGUUCCUCUUUGCGAAAGCCCUGGGCGAGGAGUUUCAGCGGCUGGCCAGGUUCCUGGUAGGCGAGGAUGACGCUUUUGCCGCCGUCGAGGUUAAGAGCGACCGUCGCAUCAGAUAUGUCUUUGUGCAGCCCCAAAUUGCACGUAAACAAGUCUUUCGUUAG